GUUAAACAAGAACGUACAUUGUAUUACAAGAAGUACUCCUUGUAUUCAAAUUACAAGAACAUUGCUGUUUCUUUUUUGGGUAGUAGCUAGUACUCGACCACCUUCAUAGUCGGGAUGACGUAAGUCGUUCACUCGUCAAUCAAAUGAAGGGACGAAAAAUGAGGCGAAAGUCGUCUUCAUCUAAGAAGGUCAUUUGCUGGAGCUUUGCUGGAGCUCUGGUUCCCCAUCUCAGCGGAACUACAACUGCGGUCUCCGCGUUAGCAGUUCAGCGUCAUGGCUUGAUUUCUCGUGCCGACGCAAUCGAAUCACCACUAGGGAGCGACGACCCGACGAGGAACGAGCUGAAGCAGAACCGACCUUGGAGUGCACCAAAUGCCUUAUCAGAGGACUACUAUCGUUAAGGCUCCUCAGACUGAGAAUCAAUGUUCUUGACCUUAAGGGCUUAGGGUCACUGAGACAUUCAAGAAGAGCGAGGAAUCUUAUAACCUUAUCCUUGAACAACUUCAGAGAUGAAACGAAAAGAACUAAAGGAACACGACAAGGCGAUAGUCGCCUGUCGGUCAUGUGGAGGUCCUCGUGGCCCUUUCAAAUCUCAUAACCAAAUCAAGUCCGCCGCCCUCUAAUGCCGAAGAAAGUACUUGCCACCUGAGCAUACACUGCGGGUCUGCAAUGCUUAUCCCUAUACGAAACCGAUGAACCUCUACCUUAACGACGUGGAUCUGUUUGGCGGACUCGAAUACAAGGACUGUUUAUGUGAUCGAAAGCUGGAAAUAUCCGAGUUAUACUGAAUGAAAUAUACGAAGCGCAGCUCCUUUUGAAGGCUACGAUUGCUUCCCGUCGGAUGUUGUAGGUUGAUUGUAAAAGCACAAGCAAAAAUUUCAAUUCCUGUAAUUAUAGGAAAAAUAGUUCGUCUUUCUAACGGCAGUCGAUUUCGUAGAUCUCAAGCUGCUCCCUGGGGACAACAUUCGAUUUAAAACCGAAGUUGAUCAUCACGAACGGGGUGCUGGCAUUUUCGAGAUCGCAGAUAUCCCCGAUGACGAAGCCACGACCUUGCUGUUAGUGGUUACGAGACAUGGACGGUCGAGCAACGCCGUGGCAUUCCAGAGCCAUGUCUUCAAGGCAAGCAAAGAUGCACAGGUAUCUACUACCUUGACUGUUUAUUUCUUCUGCUGUUUAGAAUAAUGGUAAUGGGAACGAAACAAGUAGAAAAGAGGAUUAGUGAAGUGUCUUGAAGUGAGUGUAAGGUCUGACGUACUUCAUCUAGAGACCACUAUUUUGAAUUUAAGUCACAACUUUCUUUAGUUGGUACUAUUUAGUAGUACUAAAAGUGAGUGAUCUGAUGAUUUCCGCAAGACCCUAAGAGAUCUGAAUCUCUCUCGUAGUAAUCUAAGUGUCUAGGUAGAGGUACAUUCAUCAUCUCGAAUCCCCAUGACGCAGGUUGCAGUGCUAGACACUUUUCAGGGUCUUUCUCCGUCUGGGGAAGCAGGGCGUGUGGAGAUCAUGCACGAAGGCGCAUCUAAGACACCGCAUGGGCGACCAGAAACGCUUCCUUUUGGGCGCGUGAACCGAAUCAAUGCAGGGGUUUAUUAUGUGAUGUUGUAAAAGACACUUUGGACUAAAUAAUGGUGGAAAGUCAAUAUUUAUAAGUUGUACUGAUCGAUCAUGCUAUCGGAAAUGUGUAUACACACAGUUGUUUCUUGUCAUUCUAUUAAUAUGGAAGUCUUGCAUUUUCACGGGAGAUUGUUUAGUGUUGUCUAGCCAGCUUGAUUGGCCGUCUAGUUGUAUCCCAUCUGUCUUGUGAAUAGAGGCAAACUCCGAGCAUUAUAUGUAUACAGUUAUUUGUACGACCAAAUGACCUGCCCUAUGUAUCGUUUUUUUUCGCUAAAACAUUGAUCUGAUAUUGGACGAUCGGCUCAUGGGAACAGCGGAUAACGCUGUCCGGGAGUUCAUUGCGUUGCCUGGACACGAUUACGUUGUGCUCCGCGUUGGCAUCGAAGACGAACCUGAAGCCAAUGAUGGGCCACAAGAGGGAGUUUUUAUGUUCACAAUUCUGUAAUGAUGAUACGAAAUAUUUCCACACUAAGCUUGUCAAAUUGAUACAGGAGCAAGGUGCGACUGGCAGCGGCGGGCGGAGCUGCUGGAAUUGGCGGCGCUGCUGCAUUUGACAGCGGUGCCGCGGCGUCGUAGAACCGUCGGAGGGGCAUGGCCGCAGAUGUUUCCGAAGGGUGCGCGGCUGGUGAAUGCAUGCGGCGGGCGACCGCACAGAAGGACAGAGAGCACGCGACGCCGUCGCCACAUGGACCGCGCAGGCCUUCGCGUGUUCUCGUGAUGUGGCGAGCACGUAGGCGACUGACCCGGGCCGCCUGCGUGUGCGUUGUGCGCUCGGUGGGGUACGAAGAUGGCGCCGAGGGGCACGGAGAAAGGGGCGCUGACUCCACACCUGGCCGACUUGGUACCAGGCGGCGUGGAGGCAGCUACGACCAGGGCAGGCGCAGCCGUACUAUCGAAAGCUGCGUGAAGUUUGCGCACUGCGUGGCGUCAGAGCGAGCCUCAGAAUGGAGAAGCCCACCAUCGGCCUGAUGUGAGUCAACUGCUGGGCAAGAGGGAUUGGAAGCCUCUUUUGUGCUAUUUGCUAGCUGGGGCGUCUUCGCACAGCUAUAGCGUCCGGAUCACAAGUCCGACGACAUUUCCACUUUCGUCGAUUGGCGCCGGUGGCUUGCGAUUGCCGUCCUCCCACGGGUUGCGACUUGGUUCUCUUCUUUUACGCGCUCUGCUUUCUCGCUUCGGAGUGCCUGCUCCACUGUAAUUUUUGGGGACGCAAACGCGCUCUGACCAGACAGCCGCAAUUCGUCACCAACCGCGUCGCCUUCUGUCGGCGUCAGUGCUAUGGUCUACCCUUUCUGUCGCUAGCUCCGGCUUACAUCGGAUCAACAGCAGACGCGGCGGGGACUGUAUUAGUCACCUGGCCGCAGUUUCGCGAUUUUGUCGAACUGCGCGAAACUCGUUGACUCAGGGGCCUCCCUCUUCUAUCCGGCGAGAUUUUGGCAAAGGCCGGGGGUGUCCCACAUGGCUGCAAACCGCUCCAGAACGAAGCUGGGGCCCUGGCGCAGGUUCUGACUAUUGACAACCCGGAGGCAGUAAGCGAGGCCCAGGCCCGGCAGCCUGGGCGGAAAAUUUAACGCAGCGAGCGCGGACCCGUCGCAACAGCGCAAGACAGAGGGCCACAGGGGCCAAUCUCUCCGGCACUCUGCCCGGCAGAAAUCUAAGACGAGGGGCGCAAAGGUUCGCGAUGUCGCGGCGUCUACCGAGGCCGGACGCCGUAGGCCUUGGGGCCAAGUCGCCGGCGCUCCUUGUGUUGACUUGGGCGAAGCACUCAAUGCCCAGCCGCGUACUGCUGACGGGGCUCACUUCAGAGCCUGCCCUUGCUUCAAACGCAUGAAGACCGACGACGGGGCUCUGAGUGGCAGAAUUGUGGAUAACUGGAAGGACUUUGCUGAAGUAUACGCUUGCAGCGGCUUUGGUUGGCGGCUCACUUGGAAGAAGGUGGGGGCGUGGUCGGUAGGGCUUCUCGCUUCUUGAGUGCUGGCGAAAUUUUGGCGAUGGAUGGCUGGGCUUAUUUCCAAACUUCAACAUGCUUCCAAUCUCUCGGGGUGGGGCUUCCUUGGUUGUCGGGCUGCUAGCUUAGGGCCCCGAGAGAUCACGCGAACCACCUCGCGGGGCUGUGGGUGGUGCCCCCUUCACUUGGGUCGGCCGCUCUCUGUGUCUUGGCUUGCCAUGACAUGCGUGGAGCUGGAGGGGCUUCAAAAGGUAGCUGGGCAGCGUGCUGGCGAUGGUGUGUGCAUUUGCAGACUCUGAAGCGAGGGCGCCUGGCGCCUUACAUGUGGGGCAGGAGCGGGGUCGACGGCUGACUGUCGUGCACGUGCUGGGACUGGCACGCACUCCGCGAGCCUUGGGUAGCGCUGCGCAAAUGCGUGGCUUGUUGGCAUCGAUCUGGAUGAAAGAAACGCAGGGGGACGGAACUGCGGGGGGGCUUUUCUUUUGCGUUGCAAUCGGGUGUGCCUCGGCAUACUUUUCAAAGGGGCACCAGCAUGCAGCGGCUGCGCCAGGGUGGCAUGACAAUGAACGAAGCGGAGGGCCCGCCCUUAUUUCAAUGGCUUAAAUUCAUUGAAGAAGUGAGAAAGCCAAUGGUUGAAUAUAAGUAGAUGGAUACAGGGCUUGCAUCUGAAAGGCGUGAGACCUGAGUGCCAUUUUUAUAGUUGAUAUGAGCAAACACGCACCCCUUGCUUUCAUUAUUGCGGAGCUUGGAGACAAGAAUCCUGUCCCCGGUGACGCGUCGUUUCCCGAAGAACUCGUGCUAUUUCCUUUGUCAGAUCCUACGCGUCUGGUAGGCUAUCGUCGAGGCGGCAUGCCGGACAGCAUCUUCUGGUUUCUCCUUUGCGCUUUCUGCUUGUAUGAACAUGGAUUAGUACCAGUUGCCGCCGGUCUUCAUUCUAGAUUCCAUAUCGUGGUAAUGUUUGACCUGACGAACAGUUUUUUCCUGUUACAAAUUGAUGAACGAAGCAAGGAGUGAAAUGAAAAUAUGCGGUAAGUUUUACCUUCUUCAUAUCUCUAACAUUUUCUGGUCGUAUAUGUCGGCUACACGCAUGGCGGUAAAAUGACGACCGCUGCUGGUGGCGCUGCGGGACGCGUGUUCACACCACGAGGCUCGGCGGCAGUUGAGGGGACAGCGACAGCUUGAAGAACUCUAAGAAUAUUAGUAAGAAGGUUAGUUCUUAGUUGCUGACGUUUGCACAGAAUUGCUAUCGCAAUUGCUUUUAUUUCUUUUUUCCACUGAAGGGAAGCAAAAUCUAUUAGCCACCUGACUUUACAAAGUGUAGAACAGGACCAUGACCGACUACAAGGGUAUUCUCGUCCUCCUGAAUCACAUUGAUUUGAACAGAUGGCGCACACACAAGCAGCCUGGACAGAAGUGAUAGGAGAGUACAGAUUCAGUCUAGAGUGUGUAUUCAGGUGAACAAGUUGAACAAUUAGAAUUGAAACUCCGGUGACUAUGAAAAGAGUUUUUGAAGAACUGACCCAUGAGCGUC